UCGAUUCCAAAGAAACAGUCUCGUGAUCGACUUCUCCUCCAUUACCAUUAUCCUAUGCUCAUUAUCUCUCCAACACAUCAACAUUAUUUUCGCCGUUAAUAUCAACAUUUAACGCAUUUUUAUCAUCCGACAGCGAUAUACACCCACCCAAAAGAGAAUCAAAAUCUCUUCUUCUUUUUUUUGUUUGACCCACUAGUGAUCUCGCAUCUGCUACCAACUUCCAUUUAAAAACCCCAAGUCGUGAGCAAAAUCAUAAAGGGUUUCGUGCUAAUCAAUCUUUUAAUGGCGUCUCUGAUGUAGUCAGAUCAAGAAGAACACAUAUGACUUUGGUUCCUUCGUCAGAAUCUUCUUACAUGAUGAUUAUUACCAAACACAAAAGAGAUGUAAACCUGGUCGUGCUUCAACUAGGAGCCGCCUUAGCCGUAACAUUCGCUGGGCUUCUCUUUUCUCGGUUUAGAAAGAAUACUAAAAGCACAAUCAGACCCACUUUGCCUCCUCUUCGACCUCAAUCAUCAGGUUCCAUCAAACCCAUCGAUAGAGGAGAUUCAGAAACGCAUAGGACUAAUAAGGAAGAGUCUUUACUCGGUUUUUCGCCAAGAAGUGAAAGUGACGCUGAUGAAAAAGAUGUGUUUCUUUUACCGGAGUUCGAAGAUGAAGUCAAGAAGUUAGAUUUAUUGGCCCAUGAUGGUGAAUGUGAAUCUACAAAAUCAGAUAUGUCUGCAGCUCCUUUAGCGUUUCCAAGUGCAGAGGAAGCUGAUCAAGAGAAGGAGAUUAAGUGGCUGAGAAACACUGUGAGGGCGUUGCGUGAGAGAGAGAGGUGUCUUGAGGAUAAGUUGUUGGAGUAUUACAGUCUCAAGGAGCAGCAAAAGAUUGCAAUGGAGCUAAGAAGUAGACUGAAACUAAACCAGAUGGAGACUAAAGUUUUCAACCUCAAGAUUAAGUCUUUGCAAGCUGAGAACGAGAAACUCAAGGCUCAGUGUUCUGAGCAUUCUAAGGUUGCGUUGGAGCUGGAUUUGGCUAAGUCUGAGGUUCAUGUGCUGAAGAAGAAGCUCAACAUCAAAACACAACAACACGUGGAGCAGCUCUUGUCUCUUAAAGAACGAGUGGCCAAGCUUCAAGAAGAUGAGAUCAAGGCUACUUUACCUGAUCGUGAUGCGGAUAAGAUGGUGCAGAGGCUAAGGGAUUUGGAAGGAGAGAUCAACGAGCUUAGAGACUCCAACACGAGAUUACAGUUUGAGAAUUUUGAACUAGCUGAGAAGCUGGAGUCUGUUCAGAUCAUAGCGAGUUCCAAGUUGGAGGAUCCAGAGGAGAUGGAGACAUUACGCCAAGAGAGUAACCGAUUGAAGAGUGAAAACGAAGAGCUGAAGAAGGAGAUAGAGCAGCUUCAAGGAGAUAGAUGCACUGACCUGGAACAGCUUGUUUAUCUCAAAUGGAUCAAUGCAUGCUUAAGAUAUGAGCUGAGAACAUACCAACCACCUGCUGGUAAAACCGUUGCUAGGGAUCUAAGUACUACUCUAAGCCCUAGUUCAGAGGAGAAAGCUAAGCAACUAAUUCUUGAAUACGCACACGAGGAAGAUCAUACAGACUAUGAUCAAUGGUCAUCUUCUCAGGAGGAGUCAUCAUCAAUGAUCACUGACUCAAUGUUCUUGGAUGAUUCCUCUGUUGACACUUUGUUCGCAACGAAAACCAAAAAGUCAGGGAAGAAGAAGCUUAUGCAUAAGCUGAUGAAGAUCUUACACGGUAAAGAUAGUACUCAAGAGGUGAAGAAGAGAGCUGGUUCUUCUGAACCGAGCAGCUCAAGCACAUGUGUUCAUUCGACUCCUAGGAGGCCUCAUUCAAUGGACUUCCAAAUGUUGCUGCGUGGAGAAGAUGAGGAGGACUUCAAGGAUCACAUGAAGAUGUUGCAUCGUAAGAGUGAAGGAGCAGAUGCUUCUAACUAUGGAGAAGAAGAGUGUAUGGAAUCAGAUCAGAACAGGAAGAAAGAGCUGAUUAAAUACGCAGAAGCGCUUAGGAAGUCUCGUUCCACAAAGAAGCUGCAUAAAAAAUCUGUCUCGUUUUUCUUCUGAGAGCAAGUAGAAAGCACUAAUAUACUUUAACUUGUAUAACACGCAUUGCCUAAAGUUCUAUAACUAUGUGUAUGUGUAUAACUCAGAAAUGUAAUUUUUGUGAACCAAAACAUAAGAACCAAAUAUUUUGUGAGA